GACAACAUUCCAGGCCUGGUGAACAAGCAGCGCCAGCUGUGCCAGCGCCACCCGGAUCUCAUGCAGUCUAUUGGGGAGGGUGCCAAGGAGUGGAUCCGCGAGUGCCAGCACCAGUUUCGUCACCAUCGCUGGAACUGCAGCACGCUGGACCGAGACCACACUGUCUUUGGUAGGGUCAUGCUGCACAGUAGCCGGGAGGCAGCGUUUGUGUACGCCAUCUCCUCGGCGGGUGUGGUCUAUGCAAUUACCAGGGCCUGCAGCCAGGGGGAGCUCAAGAUCUGCAGCUGCGACGCCCACAAGCGAGGCCGAGCUAGAGACGACAGGGGCGACUUUGACUGGGGCGGCUGCAGCGACAACAUCAACUAUGGCAUCAAGUUCGCCAAGGCCUUCGUCGAUGCCAGGGAGAGGAUGGUGAAAGAUGCUCGGGCGAUGAUGAAUCUACACAACAACCGCUGUGGGCGAAUGGCAGUGAAGCGCUUUAUGAAACUGGAGUGCAAGUGUCAUGGUGUCAGCGGCUCCUGCGCCCUCAGAACCUGCUGGUUGGCCAUGUCGGACUUCCGGAGGACCGGGGACUACCUCCGAAAGAAGUACAACACGGCCAUCGAGGUGACCAUGAACCAGGAUGGCACAGGGUUCAUGGUGGCUGACAAGGACUUCAAGGGAACCACCAAGAAUGAGCUGGUAUAUGUAGAAAACUCCCCUGACUACUGCCUCAUGGACAGAGCAGCAGGCUCCCUGGGCACGGCAGGGAGAGUCUGCAACAAGUCAUCCAGAGGCACGGACGGCUGCGAGGUCAUGUGUUGCGGACGGGGCUACGACACAAUGCGCGUCAAACGAGUCACCAAGUGCGAGUGCAAGUUCAAGUGGUGUUGCGCCGUGGAGUGCAAGGACUGCGAAGACAUGGUGGACGUUCACACCUGCAAGCCACACAAGAGACCCGAUUGGUUGGACCUAACCUGACCCUGAGGCCCGGCCUUUCAAAGGAUCUAGCAGUGGCCAACUGCAUUGUGGGAUAUGUAGUCCCUACUCCCGACUCAUUUCUGACCUCUGGCAUGGUUCUCAUUUGACAACCCCUUCUAAAGUGACAUCCGAAAUAACUUUUUGCCAAGGGGCCGUAUCCCAAUUUGGAUUGGAUGGUGCAGUACUGUAUGGUUCUGUCAUAUAGGAAGGUAAUCUAAGAAAGUGGUUGGGCCAGGAGAGGGGAUAGUUCCUAUUUAUGUUUUUGUUUGAUCUUGUUGAUCUGGGGAAAUACUAUUGUGUGCUGCUUCCAAGGUGCUGAGGACAGUUUUUUCUACAGAAAAUAAUUUACACAUGAUCUGUUGUGGACAUGCAGCACAGGACAUUAUACUGUGAGCACACCAGAGAUGGAGUUAGGAUUGUUGCGUGGUGUAUGUGUUGUUGGUUUUUGCUUGGUUUAAGACUAUGUCCCUCUUUCUAAACCGGUGACCACUUUGCUCAGUGUUUCAUUGGUGUUACAAUGAAAAGUGAUAAAGAACUGAAAUUGUACUCUGCUUGAGACACUGGACAUGGAAAGACUGACUUGUAUUCAGUAGUUAGGAGCGUGAACUUUCAGAAAAAAAGGACAUCAUGCCUCACCCGACUGGUCAAAUGCAUCAGAAUGGAUGUACAACAGAAAGUUAAUUCAACUCUAACAUCCAACUGUUACCACGGGCCAGAGAGCUGCACUAUGGACACUAAUAUAGCCCAAUAUUGAGCAAAGAAAAUCAUUUAAACAAAUGUUUCUGUUAUAUGAGUUAAGUGAAACAAACAUUGUCGUCGACCGAGAUGGAUAGUAUGUCUUCUCUCCCUUUAGUGUGACAGUUACCCUAUCAACCUAUUAUUGUACGUGUUCCUAAAUGAAUACGGUAUGAUGGACGGUAGCUGUCAUCUCUUGCUCAUUAUUUAUCACUGGUUACUGAAGCUGCUAGCUGCUAUAUCUCCCAAGUUAGCAUUCUCACUAUGGGGCACUUUCAUUAUGCAUCCGUACGCAACACUAUAGUCAUUUCACUCUCAGGGUUGUUUUUUAGGCUACAUGGGGCUCUGACUGAUCUAUGAGAAAUGAAGUACUUUGUGAAACCCAGGCCAAGAUGUUGCAUGACGUAGAGGAGCUGAGAACCAGAAUUGAUUUUUCAAAUCAACAUUCACAAAUGCACAUAGGCCUAUAGGGCCAGCGGGAUAUGACCAAUCGAGACCGAACAAAUGGUACAACGAUUGACCGAAAGCAGUGAGGUCCACGUGACGAUCACAACUACUUGUUAAAGACGUUUGUAAGAUGAAUGAGAUUUCAGUUUAUGUUAAAAAGAUCAACAUUUUCAAAUGCAAAUUGCCAUUGAUAUGAUUUUAAUGCAAUGUUCUCAGAACGGUAGGGAGUCGCGGGCCAAGUUGUGCUGUGGUGUUAGUUGGAGUGUUAUUGUCACCUUGGGAGGACCCUAAAAUACCACACUUGUUCUAUAUUAAACCUUGUUGAUCCUUCUGUCAUUCACAUCAGAUCUCAUCCAUCCUCAUAUCGCUGACCAUGUGACACUGUCAUUGUCACUGACACACAAGGUGAUAUCACUGAAUCUACUACUCGCUGUUCUUGAGUAAAUCAUUAAAUUAUGAUAGAUUCAAUCCCCCCCCCCCCUCUAAUGUCAGCGCUAGGCUCGGCACUCAACGAAUCCGUGAUGUAGGUCCUCUAAUUACAGCAUUACUCUUCCCCGAGCCAAACAUGGGAAUUAUUUAUCUAUUUCAUAGUCUGUGUCAACCAGGGGAUAUUAUGCAGACUGUUUUCUUUACACAGAGCAUUAUUGUAAAAUGAUUAGUCACAUUAAUCACGUUCGAAAAAAAGCUUUUAUUGGUCUCUAAAUCUUUUUAAAGGGCAGCGCAACUGUGUCCUUGUGGAAAUGUCCUGCCAAAUCUCAUGUAGUAUACAGUGAACAGGGAACAGGAAGCCCUUGCUUUGCUUACAUCAGUCUUCUGAAAUAACCAGCGUGUCACCGUCUACAUUCUCCUCCCAUCAUUGUGAUAUCUAAUGGGCAUCUAUUUAGUGACAGCAUGAUCACUCUAAAAUUGUCUCGGGGGGGGGGGGAGAAAGUUGAGGAUGGAAGACCUAAAUGUUUGGCACUAAGUGACACAAUGUCAUUUUGUUGCCCUUCAAUAAAAAUAAAUGAGUCUGUCAUAGACAGGGGCGUAGGAGUGACUCUGACAACCUGAGAAACAGGUUGUAAAUGCUAAUUUCUAGUGACUUUUGAGAAAAGGUUAGAGACAAAUCUUCUCUUACAAACGGGCAAAUUUACAAGGCUAAGGGGGCCCUUGCAGAGGGGCACAUACUCUGGUACAGUCCAAUCAGUCUUAGGGCCAUUGCCAUUCAUACUGUACUGAAUACCAGUCUGUUCAUGUGGAUAUAUUCAAUUAAACAACCAUUUUGUACU